AUGGAAACACAAAAUCCAAUAAAAAAGGAAUAUAAAAUCUUUGAUUCUUCUUUUAUUUGCUGCCUUCAUCAUAAUAGAAUCUGAGAGAGAGAAAAAAGGCCAGAGACCCGGAGGGAGAGAGAGAGAGAAAUAGAGUUGGCCCAGCGAUCGAAGAAAAAGAAGACGGCUUGAGAGCUUUCUUCUUCCAUGGAGUAUUGAUUAUUUGGCAGUCUCUCUUCUCUUAUUUUAUACUACAUUGUUUUUUGUUUUUUAUUUUUAUUAUUAGUCUGACCGGCGAUUUAGGAAUGAGUGUUUAUUUUAUCAUCAACGAUCAAAGAUUUGUUUUUCUCUGUUCAAAGUGCGAUCGGAUGAUGUGGGUCUGAGUUUGUCUGCAGAUUCAUCAUAUAUGAGAGAGGUUUCAUAAAAACAAACAAUGCGAUGCCGUUUUUAAGAACCAGAGUUAAGAGGAAUUUGGUGGAUGAAGCAAAGGGAAAUAACUCAACUGAAGAUAUGAAUUUGAGUGAUCAUAAUACAUCAUCUGAGAAUGCAACUAAAAGACAGCUUCCUGUGUUUCUCUUACCAAACUCAACUUCACAAGCUUGCAACGCUAGUCCUGUUAAGGCCAGGAGGAAAAUGAUUGACCUUCAACUCCCUGCACACAUGUAUCUUGAUACGGAUGAGACCGAUGAUAAUACGAUCUGCGCUCCAUAUAAACGCUCUAAAUCUGGAAGAGGGGAUGAUGCUUCUCAUCAGAGCAACCCUUCAGGAUCUUGCUUAGAUGUGAAGAACUCAACUGGCUUAUUAGCUGACUUGAAUGAGCCACUCACAUUGCAAGAUUCAGAACCUCUUGCGCUCUCCAGGGAUACCUAUUCUCAUUAUAGGAGACACAAUGCAGAUGUUGAAGGGCACUGGUCGGAGAAAAACACAAGUCAAAAUGGAUGGAUGGUCCUUGACGCAGGGCAUGGCGGAAGCACUCAGAGUCAGAGAGACCUGCAUAUACCUUCCCGUUCUGACAAUGCAGUUCAACCUCAGAGGCAGAGCUAUCCUCCGACUGAUUAUAGCAAUGUAACAUUCUCCCGGGAAAGAGCACAUCGUGAGCUGGAAGCUCGUUCAGUGAAUCCUCAAGCUUCUUAUGAUAGCUACGUGGAAUCAAGUGUGGCUUCUUAUGAAUGCUCAGCUGGAUUGCCCUGGCUAAAACCUAAGCUCCCUUGCAAAAUUGAAGUAUCCAAUGGCUUCUUGGACUUGAAUGCAUCAACAAAUCAAUUCACAGAUGGCCUGAAUAGUGUUUCCCCUCAGAAAAGUUUGAGAUCAUCUGCUUCAUGCUCUAACAAUGCCAACACUGUAAGAGUUGAGAAGCAUACUUCCCUUCUCUCUCACUCCUUGUGCAUCGCUGAUCAGCAUAAGGAAAUGAACCACUUGUUAAAGCGAGACUUCGAUAUCAACUUGCCAUGUGAUGAUGCCUCGGUUUCUGUUGACAAGCAUGGUGCUAAAGCCUUUUGUCUUAAAAAGGAAGGAGAGAACAAAGCUGCCAACAUCAGACACUGCUUUGAUUUGAAUGCAUGUGCUAGUGAGGAUGAUGAAGGUUCAGGCUUACAUUCUAGUCUAAGAGUGAAAACAAAAGGAACUUUUUCGAUAGAUUUGGAAGCUCCCCCCACUCUCCAGAGUGAAGAAGAAGAAGAAGAAGAUGGAGAGAGCUCGCAGGAUGAACUCAUCAAGGUAGCAGCAGCAGAAGCAAUAGUCGCCAUUUCAUUGUCUGAUCAUCCUGAUGACGCAGCUUCCUCCUCUUCAACUGAUGUGGCAUCGAAAAGUCCACUCUCUUGGUUCGCAGACAUUAUCACUUCUUGCAGUGAUGAGUUAGAAAGAAAGAUUGAUGGUUCUGGAGAAGAGAAUUCUUCUGGGGAGAUUGACUACUUUGAAGCCAUGACCCUGAGUUUACAUCCGACCAAGGAAGAAGACUACAUGCCAGAGCCAUUAGUCCCUGAGAAUAUGAUCUUCGAAGGGACGGGCUUGAACAAGCCAAGAAGAGGAAAAGCAAGAAGAGGAAGACCGAAGAGGGAUUUCCAGAGAGAUACUCUCCCUGGACUCUCUUCUCUAUCAAGGCACGAAGUCACUGAAGAUAUACAGUUGUUUAGUGGGCUUAUGAGAAGCAGAGAGUCCACCUCUGGUGGAGACAGUAGGGCUACAGGAUGGGGAAAAGCAACAAGAAGACCGAGGAGACAAAGGUGCCCUCCUCCUGCAACUGUAAUCUUAACAUGAUAGUUUGAGGAAACAAUCAGAACUUCACAAACCUUGAAACAUUGCAAAGAGUACAAUUAGUAUUAGAAUACAUUGAUGUUAUUGAAUGUCA